GCCCCGCCCCGCGCCGGCCGCGAACCCAAACAGCGGCUCUCGCUGCGCGCGGCCGCGCGUGAUCGCCGCGCCGCCGAGCCCCGCGCGCCCGCCCGGCCCGGCCCGGCCCGGCCCCGCCGAGCGAUGCUGCUGCUGGCGGCCGCCUUCCUCGUGGCGUUCGUGCUGCUGCUCUACAUGGUGUCUCCGCUCAUCAGCCCCAAGCCCCUCGCCCUGCCCGGGGCGCAUGUGGUGGUUACAGGAGGCUCCAGCGGCAUUGGGAAGUGUAUUGCUAUCGAGUGCUAUAAACAAGGAGCGUUUAUAACUCUGGUGGCACGAAAUGAGGACAAGCUGCUGCAGGCAAAGAAAGAAAUUGAAAAGCACUCUAUUAACGAUAAACAGGUGGUGCUUUGUAUAUCAGUUGACGUAUCUCAAGACUACAGCCAAGUAGAGAAUGUCAUAAAACAAGCACAGGAAAAACUGGGCCCAGUAGACAUGCUUGUGAACUGUGCAGGAAUGUCGCUUUCGGGAAAAUUUGAAGACCUUGAAGUUAGCACUUUUGAAAGACUAAUGAGCGUCAACUACCUGGGCAGCGUGUACCCCAGCCGAGCAGUGAUCACCACCAUGAAGGAGCGUCGUGUCGGCCGGAUAGUCUUUGUCUCGUCCCAGGCAGGACAGCUGGGAUUAUUCGGUUUUACGGCCUACUCUUCGUCCAAGUUUGCCAUCAGGGGACUGGCUGAAGCUUUGCAGAUGGAGGUGAAGCCAUAUAACGUCUACGUCACAGUGGCCUACCCUCCCGACACAGACACCCCUGGGUUUGCGGAAGAAAACAAAACAAAGCCUCUGGAGACUCGUCUGAUUUCAGAGACCGUAUCUGUUUGCAAACCAGAGCAAGUGGCCAAACAAAUUGUUAAGGAUGCCAUACAAGGAAAUUUUAACAGUUCCAUUGGCUCAGAUGGGUACAUGCUCUCAUCCCUGACCUGUGGAAUGGCUCCUGUGACUUCUAUUACUGAAGGGCUCCAGCAGCUUUUCCACACAAAGUCCAGAUUUCGGACUUCUCUUGGGAAAUCAGAAGGCCUCACGGCACCUGGCAGUAACCAGCUGGGGCAGGUGGCGGCCCCUCCGGUGACACAGGACGCGGCCCCCCCAUCCCGGGGGCCUCACAGCACCCGUCCCAGGCCCGGUGCACCAGAGCGCCAUCACUGUUCCACGCUGGUUUUUCUGAACUGCAGACCCACCUGGCAUGGCAACCCUCAGUGGCUCCCCAGUACCACUGAGGUGGUCACCAUGGGCCUGUUCCGCACCAUUGCUCUGUUUUACCUGGGAAGUUUCGACAGCAUAGUCCGUCGCUGCAUGAUGCAGAGAGCGAAAUCGGAAGUUGCAGACAAAACUGCCUAAUUCUUACCCCGGGAGAAAAGGCUGUUUCUAAAUAAUCUGAACAGCCUGCUGCUUAAAGGGACCCAGAUUGUGGCCUACAGCCACUUAAAUGUGUUGCUUUUGAAUCUGUGAGAUUGGACCAGCGCUCUUCAGAUACCUGGCUCAGGCGAGGGGAUAGAUGUUCAGCGCCAGGUGAUAUUAUUAAUACUAUGCAAAUAUGGAACGGGAGGCCCCUGAUUGUCUGAGGUGGAGACAUGAGGAUCGUAUGGGACCGAAGGGCCUGUGAGCAGGGGAAAGAACGUCAUUCCAGAGUGAUCAUUUACAUUUUUCUAUUUAUUCUUUUUCUUCCUCCACUGAGAUUAAGCCCAGAAAUGUACCUUAUGAUACAUAGGACGACGUCUCGAGGACAUUCUUAACCUUCCACGAGAGGCAUUCUGUGGGUUUUGGGAGCCUUUCCCCCCCCCCCCCUUCUUUUUAACAUGGUGUAUUUGAUUCAAGAGGAGUUUCACACAUUGCUGGAGAGCCUGAAUGCCCGAGAGAGCCCCUGACUCACUGUGCUUCUGGUGGAAACUCGUGGCUUCUCUCUCUCUUUGAUCCCAUAAAACUACAGGGGGAUGAGAGAGGGCAGUGCAGUGGAAGGGAAGGAGAGAAGGAUCCUCCAGUAGGAAAAAUCACGCUUUCCUGCCUCCUUUAGAUAGACGCGAAUGCUUAGAGCACUUCUCCUUUUUCAUUCACGGGGAAAGGCAGCCUCCCCCAAUUUUUUCUGAAGAGAAAUAAAAUCUUAGAAGCUUAAAAGUUUACAAUUUCUUCAAUAGCCAUGGUGACGUGGAGCCCGCCCAUUCCGUUAGAGGGCUCUUUCCAUUCUUCCCAUCCCUUCCUUUCCAGUUUUGCUGAUACUGCUAUACUAUUUUUGUAAAAAAACAAAAACAAAACCAAAAAAUGACCAGUGAAAAUUUUUUGACUUGACUUUUUAAAUUAACUCACGAAUUAAUUAAAACACGAAAAAAACUCAGAAAAGCGUGACAUUCUUCUCGUAGCAUACAUGUAGCUUUUAGGAAAGGCUGAUGAGCGUCCAUGUACGGUUUCCUCAUUAAGAAAAAGAAGAUAGGACAGGGCCGAGCUCGCAGAUCCUCAUCUUGGCAAGAAAAUGAUCACCCAUCGUUUCCGUGACUCCUGCUGACCCAGAGAACCUUCUCUCCGUGCCCCAUGGUAAGGAAGCCCAGUUAUCACUCCUGUCACAUAGCCCUGGAGCCCUCUCGGCCCCGUGGCUGCCGUUUUUAGAUCCCAAGCUCCGUUGCUCAGUUUAGUGGAUUUCUACAAUAAAGUGCCUCUGAUGAGUUUGGCCGAUGUUCCCUGCUUCACGCCAUCACUGUACUCGCUCCCCUGCUGAAGGCAAGUCACCUUCCUCAUAAUGCUACCCCCCUCCUCCUUGCAUACACAAGUAUGCAUAUACUAUGCAUACAAAAGAUUAAAGACUUAAAAAUUAUAGCCAACCUUUUUUGCUCUUGAGUUUUUGGCCCUCUUGACUUCAAAAUGACUUCUUCUUUUUUUUUUUUUUCCAGUAAAAUGUUUCAUGGCUUUAAUUCCUGGUGUUCUUUUAAUGAGGAUCUGGGAAUGGCAUACUUUAACACUGACAAAGAUAGAAGAAGUUAUUAUUGAAUAUAUACGUUGCUUGGAGUGACUUCAUUGCAGUUUGUGGGGGUGGGUUGACGCCACAGUACUUUGAUGAUUCUUUCAGUCUCAUACAGCCCUUGUUUAUUGUUUGCAAACUAUGUUGGGUCGUAUUUCACAGCCUCUGAGAGAGAGUAAUGACUGUGUCUCCUUAAGGUACAGAAAACAUUUAUGUUAAUAUCGGGAUGUUUCUCACUUGUAUUUGUUUCUCUCCUAAAUGUUCCUUGAAUAUCAGCACUUUCUACUGCUGGUCUAUAUGAAAAUCUAGUCCAAGAUGGUGUCUCAUUUAAUACAGUUCACUAUUUAACCACAGUUAUUUCAAUAGACACUUCUCAAGUUAUCCUCAUAGACUGUACUGUUAUUACCUCCAGGGAAUCUGCUACCUGAACAAACUUAAGAGCCCCUGUUCCAUGGUGGGAACUGUUAUCCCCAGCCCAAUGGAAGCUCCCUCACGAGAGCAGAUUUUGCUUAGACCAAAAUGUCAGGGAAUGGGCUUUUUUUUGUCAGAGAUGUCAAAGGGCCAAAGCUCUGUAUCCAGAAAGCUUUGAAAACUAAGGUGGUUUUUUUUUUUCCUCUUUCUAAAUUUAGUGCCAUUAUUCAUUUGAUAGCCAAAUCGGAUGUAUUAUAGUUUUGAUUUAUCCAUUUCAUCUACUACUCCUUUUUCCUGAAGAGACACUAGUGGGUUUAAUUGUAGGUAUUGCCCCAGAUUCUGUGGAGAUGUUCCGUAAUAUCCAGUGUAUGUCCCAUAUACCUUUUCCAAAUCUAACAAAUUAAGAAAUCUGAAACACAUCUGGCCCUAAGGGUUUGGUAAAGGAUUAUAGAAAUUCAGCAGCAUCACGCAAAGAUCUGACUUCAUCCGAAACAUGAAAAUAGGACAAAGGCAAAUUCUAUUUUUUUAUCUUUUUUGGCUCAAUUUUUAUUCAUUUUUUUUUUUUUACGUAGACUUGUGUUUUUGCUCAGGGGAAGGAAAACAAAAAACCAUGAGUCAGAUUGUUCAGGAAGCUAUUGGCUUUUUUUUUUAAAGGGGUCCUUGAUUCAACAGAAGUGUCUAUGCCUUACCUGUGGCAGAAAGAGUUUAAUUACAAUUCUGAUGAAAUGUUGGCUUUCUGUUUGUAGCCAACAACAGUUUAUUAUGUGAGUGUUGGUUCUAAAUCUUUUCUCUGCCGGCUUUGGUUUUACUGUUUUGUUAUAGCGUAUUUGCAAGUAUAUUUAUUUGAAAACGCCUGAUGUCAUUCAUCCAUAGAAAUACCAAAAUAUAUUCAAGGACCCUUCAUUACUGAAAAAGGUUUAAAAAAGGUUUUUUUUUUUUGUUUUUUUUUUUUACAAAAAAACCAAGUCAAGGUAAUUGUUCUUUUCUGUAUUUUUUAAUAAUUAAUUUUCAAAGCUGAGAGAGAGAGAAUUAAAAAUGCUGUCCAUAAUGGCCUCUUUACGUUAAUACGUAUAUACGUUUAGUUUUAAAUCUGUUUGUUAAACCGUAUAUUGUCGAUUCUUGGAAGUGAAACAUUGAGAGACCGUUUCUAAUAUUUAGAUGACAAAAACAUUUAGGAAAUAGUUGCUUCAAUUCAAAGAAUUGUACGUCUUUGUCUUUCUAGAAGAAGGCAAUACCGUGAAAAUUUUUUUUUACUGAAUUAUAUCAUCAACAGAUUUAAUUUUAUUAUGUCAUGUUCUAAUUUAAACAUGUCUUACUCACAUGAGGACACUUUUAAAUAUUCAUAGUUUUUGAUAGACGAUGCUUUGUAUCUUUCUCAUGUCCUUAGUUCUUAUUAGUAACUCCGUUUGAAAAAGUACCUACUAAACAUAACCUUCCAUAUCCUGGACUAAACCUUGCUUAGUUCGCUGCAGUGAUGGCAGAUUUGAUAUUUUGAAGAGGAGUUAAUAGCUAUUAUAUUUUACACUUGCUUGAUGGGGCAACUUUAAAGACAUUUUUAAAGUGUAAGAAUGCACAUGGCUAUUUUGAUAUAUAUUAGAACUUGUGUUUGCUACUUUGGAAGCUUUUGUGGCAGAAUUGUAACCUCAUUUUCAUAUCUUGUAUUUCUGAAUCACAACAAAAAAAUAAAGGGGGAACAAGCUUUA